AUGCCUCGACCGGGGAGAAACACUUACAGCGACCAGAAGCCACCUUACUCCUACAUCUCCCUUACUGCCAUGGCUAUCCAGAGCUGUCCGGAAAAGAUGCUUCCUCUGAGCGAGAUAUACAAGUUUAUCAUGGACAGAUUUCCGUAUUACAGGGAGAACACUCAGCGAUGGCAGAACUCUCUGCGGCACAACCUCUCUUUCAACGACUGCUUUAUCAAAAUCCCACGGCGACCGGACCAGCCGGGAAAGGGAAGUUUCUGGGCGCUUCAUCCCAGUUGUGGGGACAUGUUUGAGAAUGGCAGUUUUUUGCGGCGUCGCAAACGCUUCAAGGUGAUGAUGACAUCAGACCACUUGGCGCCCAGCAAGCCCUCGGACGCUGCCCAUUACCUCCAACAACAAGCUAAACUCAGGCUCAGCGCCCUGGCAGCCUCCGGUACGCACAUUCCCCAGAUGCCCAGCUACAACUUGGGAGUGUCGCAGCCGUCAACUUUCAAGCACCCCUUUGCCAUCGAGAACAUAAUUGCCAGAGAAUACAAGAUGCCAGGCGGGCUUGCGUUUUCCACCAUGCAGUCCAUGUCUGCCGGCUACCCUCUGCACAACCAGCUAACCACGGCAUGGCCCCACAUGUAUAGCACCAGCGUGAUAGACACGGCAGCACCCAUUUCCAUGGCGGGCAGUGAUUAUAGCGCUUACGGUGUGCCUAUAAAGUCUCUUUGCCAUGGUGGACAGACGUUGCCGGCCAUUCCGGUGCCAAUAAAGCCCACCCCGGCCUCAGUGCCAGGUCUUUCGGCGCUGCCAGCACACAUUCCGGCUUUCCUGUCGAACUCUCCUCAGUCGCUCAGCCCUACUUCUCCUCAGACAGCUACCAGCCAAAGCAGCCCGGCUACCCCGAGCGAGACGUUGACGAGCCCCUCCGCGCUGCAGUCUGUGGCUGUACACUGA